AUGGCUCAAUCAUGGGAACAGUUAGGAGAAUUCGCUUCCGUGGCGCAGCUCACAGGCGUAGACGCCGUGAAACUGAUCGGAAUGAUAGUAACCGCCGCGAACACUGCUCGGAUGCACAAGAGAAACUGUCGUCAGUUCGCUCAGCAUCUUAAACUCAUCGGGAAUCUACUCCAACAGCUUAAAAUCUCUGAGAUGAAGAAGACUUGUCCUGAGAUUCUUGCUCCCCUCGAAGGGCUUGAAGAUGCUCUUAGAAGAUCUUACGUUCUCGUCAAUAGUUGUCAAGAUCGGAGUUAUCUCUACUUGUUAGCUAUGGGAUGGAACAUUGUUCACCAGUUUCGUAAAGCUCAGAACGAGAUCGAUCGUUAUCUCAAGAUCAUUCCUCUCAUCACUUUAGUGGACAACGUUCGAAUAAAGGAGAGGCUUGAGGUUAUUGACAGUGAUCAACGUGAGUAUACUCUUGAUGAAGAAGAUAGGAAAGUGCAAGAUGUUAUUUUGAUGCAAGAAUCUACUAGAGAAGCUGCUAAGUCGAUUCUGAAGAAGACGCUCUCUCGUUCUUACCCGGAGAUGGGUUUCUGUGAAGCGCUUAGAACGGAGAAUGGGAAGCUGCAAGUUGAGCUCCAGCGUUCUCGGGCGCGUUAUGAUGAGGACCAGUGUGAAGUCAUUCAGCGUUUGAUUGAUGUUACAGAAGAAACUGCUGCUGAUGUUGAUGUUGAUCAUGAUCAUGUAAAGGAUUUGUCUAAGAAAGAUGAUUCAAAGAAAAUUAGUACUCGGUCAGCUUCGAGAUCAACAUCUUCUGUUUCAUCACAAGACCAUGAAGAAUGGCACAGUGACUUGUUAGAUUGUUGCUCAGAGCCUUCUCUAUGCUUGAAGACAUUGUUUUUUCCAUGUGGUGCAUUGGCAAAGAUUUCUUCUGUCGCAAAUAAUAGACAAAUCUCUUCAACUGAAGCUUGUAAUGAGCUAAUGAUGUAUUCUUUGAUACUCUCAUGCUUCUGCUAUACUUGUUGCAUAAGGAAGAAGCUUCGCAAGACUUUGAAUAUUACGGGAGGGUCCAUUGAUGACUUUUUGUCGCAUCUAAUGUGUUGUUGUUGUGCCCUUGUUCAAGAACUGAGAGAAGUCGAGAUUCGGGGAGCUUCUUAUGAGAAGAAGAAGAAAAUGACUCCACCAACACCCCAGUUCAUGGAAGAAUAA